GCUUCUGACUGCACGCGCUGAUCGUUUCGUUUCUGUUCGGCGCAUCGAUUAUUCACGUCUGUGGGCUGAUCUGCGUUGAGCUGAUCCCGCUUGAACGCUUUUCCUGAUCACGAACAGCACGAUUAAACUCUGCAUCCGCACUGAAGGUGCUGUAGAGAGUGCCAUGCAGGAAGGAGAGGAGAGGAAGUGAGGCGAUGGGCUGCACCUCAGCCAAGCAGUUGUCAUCUGUACCCAGUGAUGAAGAGGGCCGGGGUAAGGCCUACAGCAAUGGAGACGCCUUCUCCGAUGAGUACAAACUGAAAGGAGUCGAGAAGGUGAAGUACAUGCAUGGAGAAGAGGAGCGCACGAACACACGAAACCAAGAGAACUUGGAAAAGAGCACAUUUUUGCACAAGGGCAGGCAUAAAGAUGCCACCGGGAAUAGUAAUAAGAUAAGUAUCCACUCUUCAGAGAGCCAGCAGGAGUUCUUCAGGAUGCUGGAUGAGAAGAUUGAAAAGGGACGGGACUACUGCUCGGAGGAUGAGGAUAUGACAUAGCAUGCAGAGACAUUUGACUCGCGCCAACAUUGAGUCAAUCCAGUCCCAAAGUUCUUUACACUUGCUUUCCAUGCCUCCGUACCCAGCAAGUAUUAAUCUUCAAGAGUGUGGCUUCAAGUGACAUCCAGCCCAGCUGUCCACUCCGUUUACAAUUUACACACUCUCCCAAAUGUCUUACAGGUCACUAUUCGAGACUCUUGAGGACUAGUAAUUAAACGGUAUGGGGGCAUGGAAAGGCCGUGGUUAAGGAGACUGGGAUUCGGCCCAAGAUUUGAAUGGGAAAGCCAUUAUCAGACUGUUCCUCAAUCCCUUGCCUUACACUACCCAUAAGCCUUCUCCUACUCAUAGACUACAUACAGUGGAGAGAGCCAUGCUACGAAACCUGGAUUUCGCCCUCCCUUGGAUAUGGACACUACAGUCCGUACUAGCAGUGGAGAUGAUAUCUCCCAAGGAGGACAUUCCUACCGAGAGACUUGCGUGAUUCUGUCCAGCUCAUGCUGAUGAGACGCAGUAGGUGAAAGCGCAUGGACAGAAACACUAGGCCAUUUCUAGCAUUCCAAUUGUUUUUUUUUAAACAAAGUAUUUUUCACCCACGAUGUAUUAUGUAUAUGUCUUUUUGACCUUUUUCUUUGAGUUACGUUACAACGCUCAGGACAGCAGUGCUGUAUGUAUCAUCACUAGAUUUGUUUGUUAGGUGAAGGCUGUGCAGUUCCUUCAGGGCCGGUCUUGAGAACGCGUCGGAGGGAGGGAAACAGAUCACAGCAUCUAGCCGUGUUUAGAGACGCCACUUACAGCAUCUUAAGGUCACGUAGUACUCAUCUUACUCUAUAUAACAGGUGGAUAUCAUACGUUCGCUUGACAUUUAUAGUCACUAUUCUUGAGUCGAAAUCCAGUACAAGUUUCAAAACCAGCCUUGAGAGAGUUUUACAUGGAUACGUUUUUAUUACCGGGAAGUGCUUCUUCCUUUUACAGUAUGACAGUAAUUUGCCAUAGCCUUAAGCACACAGUGUUUUCCUUUCUGAAAUGAUAUACAACAGUAAGCCAUUAAUUUCUGUAUUUUCACACUAAAGUGAACAGUAUCCCACAUGUAUGCUUAAGUUCUCGAUGUACACAGUUGGGCCAAACAAAAUUGCCAAAAAUGCAAGUGUGAUGCUGAGUGAAAGAAUAAAUAAAUACACAAUGACCAACUA